UUUUUUUUUGCCUUUUUUGUAAUAAUAAAAUAAAAGAUUCUGUUUUUCAGUUUUUGUUUUCGGCUUUUCUUUUCGACCUCUCACUGUCCCCGUUCCCAUUCCGACUUAGAUACAAAGAAGAAGCCCCUUUCACUUUUUCCAAGGCCUUUCUUUGGCUUUUUGAUCGCAGCCCGAUUGGCAGUUGAAGCUUCGGAACCCGAGGUAUUCUUUCAUGGAAAUUUUCCAUUGCUGUUUUUGUAAAUUUUACGCAUUUCAUAACUUUGGUUAUCUCAGUUGAUGGGGUCCAAGGAAACCUGAGAAUUCUGAAACGACAACAGAACUUAGCCUUCUUCACUAUCUGUGGGAAUGAAGCGCAAGAAAUGGUCAGAGCUGGAGGAACAGACCCUCCUUGCCAAGUAUGCCGAGCUCCUCAAGUUGGGAACUCUAGCUAAGCUAAAGACCCGCGAGAAGAAGUUCAAGCCCAUUGCGGAGCACGUCAACUCCAUGCACCAUAUCCAUGAUCCCAUAACCUUCCCUUUCAAAUGGUCUUGGCGCGAUGUUUCUAUUAAGGUCCAAAACAUGCGCCACCAAUACCUGGGUGUUAAGCAGAAAAUUCGGGUUUCCAAGGAUGAGUUCAACUGGAAUGAUGGUGAAAAUCACUGGGAGAAUUUCUUGAAGUACAAGGAGGUCUUUGGGGAUGUGGAGCUUGAUCCUAAGGGAAAGAAAUUGUGUGACAAUGUGAAUGUUUUUGGUGAUUGUGGGGACUUGGGUUUUGGAAUUGACUGCGAAGAUUUGGAAGAGGAUGGUGAAGAAGAAAGUUUGGAAGGAGAAGAUGAUGAUGACGAUGAUGAAGAUGUUGGUGGUCGUUGUGGUGGUGGUAGUGGUGGUGGUGGUGGUGGUGGUGAUGGUGUUGGUAGUGAUGAUGAUGAUGACAGUGGUGGUGGUGAUGGUGAAGUGGGGGAUGAGAUUGUUGGUAGUGAGGGUGAAUUUGGGCCUGAGAGAGAAAUUGGGGAUGUGGGUUUUGGUCGGAAGAGGAAAUUGAAGAAAGGGUUAGCAGUAAACAGGAGGUUGGGAGUGGUUAGUGCACAAAUUUUGGAGCUGAGGGAUGUAGUGUUGAAAAGGGAAGAGAGGAGGAGAGAGAGAGACUACAAGAGGGAGAAAGGUGAGGCAAACAAGGAAGAAAAGAGAAAAGAAGCUGAGCAUAGGAAGGAGAAAAGAAGGAAUGAGAGGGAAGAGGGGUUGGAUAACAGGGAACUGGAAUUGGAAGAGAUGCAGGCGAUGUGGGAAAGAAGGGAAUAUGAGAAAAGACUGAGGUUAGAACGAGAAUUCAAUGAAGAGGAACGGUGGAGCAGGAUGAAGAUGGAGGAGAAGAGAGAGGAGGAUGAGAUGGAGUGGAGGGAGAGAAUGGUGGGUAUGCAAAUUGAGCAUGAGAAGCAAAUGAUGCAAUUGCAUGCUGAGGCAUGCCAGAACCAAAUGCAGAUUCUUGGACUGAUGGCUAGACUUGUUUGUCAAUUUGUCGGGUGGGCAAAUGAUGGGUUGGGAGGUGGAUUAGGGUCUUUGCCGCCUCAAGUGCUGCAGAAUUUGCAGCAUCCGGGUGGAUUGGGCGAUAAUGGGAAGUCCGAUGCUAAUUCGCCUUCAAAGUUCAUAUAAACUGUAUUUCAUCUGAUCUGAUACAUACAUUGUAUUGUACCUUCUACCUAGUGUUAAAAUUAAUUUAUUUUGAUGAUUUUAGUUACAAAUUGAGAUUGGAAAGAACUCUGUUUGUAAUUCGGUAAUCAAUGCCUACUUGCAUAUGGCAGAGUGGCAUAUUCUUUCAAAUUUCAAGCAACGAUUGGACUUAUCUA